AUGGAAGCGAUAAACUCGGCGUCUUCAGCAUCUUCCACGUCAAAUGGUAGCAGUCACAACAGCAACAGCCACAACGGUAGUACCGGCAAAGAGAUGGAUUUUCUCGAAGUAGAAAACCUCGUAAAAAGUGUGCUCAGCUGCCAGCCGACUAGUGAUCCUGCCGAGCUGAAAAGACGCGACGAGAUUAUUAGAACGCUCUUCAAGUACAUCUGCCAUGAGCGGCAGAUCAGCGAGGAGGCGAGGCAGGCGGAAAACUUGGCCGAGGAGGCUUUGGAGAAUAUAAAACACCAAGUGAAAGACAUAUCCAGGCAGAUGAACAAGUACAAGGAGAGCGUUCAUCAAAACAAAGCGGUGCUGAAGAGUUCAGAGUGUCAAACAGACCUGCCCCCGCAGGCGACACCGUCGUCGUCGUCGCAGCAGCUUAACUUGGAGGCGUCCUUUGAGCAGUGCCGCUACCAGGGAAUGCCUAACCAGCACAGUACGCUGUUCCUCGACUCGAACCAUCACCACCACCAACAGCUCGACCAGCACUCAGCAGCCAAGUCUGCCACGACGAGUGCUGUCCUCCUGACCAACGGCAAUGCUCAAGCCGACGACUGUGAUCCAAACCUGAAGAAGAUGCUGCUCGACCAGAUCAAAGUGCACGAGGAGAAGAUCCAAACGGAGCGCCUCUCGUACCUGCAGGAGAACGAACGACUGAAUCGAGUUAUAGAGGAAAAAACCAGUACCAUCAAAGAGCUGAAGAGCCAGCUGAGGAGGUCUAGCAACAGCUCAACUUCGGUGCUCAACUCAACUUCCUCCUCCUCUCAGACGGCCACCUUUGUCGAUGCCGAGGAGAGCAUCAAGGACUACAGUAGCCGAGUGCAAGGCUACGGCACAGCCACCAACAAUCGCAUGUUGCACGUACUGUCCGAUCUGGUGAAAACCUUUCUCGACACGGAGAAUGACAUUCAAAAGCAACUGGAGGCGCUGGGCCUAGAGAAUGGCUCAACGAGAGCCGAAGAUAGCGGCCUCAUUGGCUUCACAUCGCUCGAUGAUGAGCGCAUCUCCGAUCUGACGUUCGAUGGUCUCUGCGAUGAUGGCCCUGAUCUGACCACGCCCUCGUCGAUGAUCUACUCUACGAAUCACAGUCUGAACAACGGCAACAACACCACGAACGACAUCGAGGACGACGUGGUGCUGGGCGCCAGUCGGCGGCUGCGACUCGGCGUAGAGCGCGUCCUUAAGAUACUGAACGAGGUGGUCAGUCACCACAGUCAGACGGACAUCAAGGGACUGCUGAAGGAGAAGGAAGACCUGGCGAAUGAACUGCAGGAAGAGGUGCAGCGGCGGGACCAACUGACGCGGCAGCUGCUCGACAAGGAAAGUGCCCUUCACCGGAUGGAGGGCGAAAAGAGGGCGCUGGUGGAGAGGACGACCGACUACGGCGAGGUGAAGGCGGAACGGGAUCAGCUGAAGCUGAAGCUGGAGGAGUACGAGCGGGACCGGAAGAAGUUCAUCAACGACCACAAACGCUUUGAGGCGGAGAAGAACUCCUUCAAUCAGGGACUGCCUCAACUUCAGCAAAAACUGAUGCGCGAAAAGGAGGCACUAAACCGAGACAUUAACCAGCUGCAGCAGGAGAAGAUGAACUUGACAAGGAAAAUUGACUCAUUGACGGCAGAGGUUGAGACGCUCAAAACGGAAAAGGAGCAAAUUGUGGAGGUGAAGAACGCCGAGAUUGAGGAGCUGUUCUCACAGAUUGAGGCCUUUGAGAAGAAUCACAGCUCACUGAAGCGCUUCAUGGAGGAGCAGACGCAGGAGCGUGAAUGUGAACGGGAAGAGUUCACCAAGGAGGUCACCUCGCUGAAGGAGAAGAUCAAGGAGAAGGAGAAGACGGAGACGAAAUGCAAGGCAAACAUUCGCUCUCUGGAGAAUCAGCUGACCUUCCUCAAUGAGGACAAGGUGAUGCGAGAUGAGCAGUUUGAGGAGAUGGCCGCCAACCUGAAGGAGGCCAAUCUGAAGGCGACAGAGCGCUCGCUGGCCCUUCGCCAGCUGGAGACUGACCUGGAGCGGAGUAGUCAAGUGGAAGUGGAGCUGCGCCAGCGGCUGAAGGAGCUCUCAAGGAUGGACGACAAGAUUCGCCUGCUGAACACUCAGGUGGACGGGCUGCUGGAGAGGAACAGUCAGCUGAAGGAGGAGCUCCGCCAGACGGAACAGGUGGCCGGGAAGCUGGAGGAGAUCAAGGCGAAGAUGGAGGCAGUGGAGGGCAUCCUCCACGAGAAGCAGAAGGAGAAUGAGAUGCUCCACCAGGAGAUUAACGACAAUCACAUGAAGUACAGCGAGCUGAAGGUUAAGCUGGAGUCAUCCGUAGAUGUGCACGAGUUCAGGAAGGUGGUCACCGAGCUGCAGGGCAAGCUGCAGGCGGAGAAGCGGGACACCGAGUCGGUGACGGUGAAGCUGGAGCAGGCGAACCGGCACGUCGGUGAGCUGGAGGAGAAGCUGGACGCCUACCGGAAGGAGAUUAAGUCGUACAAGGACCUGCUCAAGUCGCACGAACUCGACAGCAAACACUUGUCCAAAGCCACUGACAAGCAGGGCGGCGAGCUGAGGGCCAAGUACGACGCCGCUCUGGUUGAGGUGAACCAGCUGCAGACGAGGCUGGCCAACAAGGAGAAGUCGAUGGCCGUCCUCGAGCAGAACAUUGACCGGCUGAAGGCGAAGAUGGGCUCGCUCUCCCAGGAGAAGGACCUGUACCUCGAGAAGCUGCAGUCGGCUGACGAGAGCCAGAGCAGGGUGGUACUCUACGAGAAGAACCUGGAGAAGCUGCGCCUGCAGAACAAAAUAUCCUCCGACCGGGUGACCUACCUCCAGAUGGAGAUCAAGAGCCUUCAGGAGAAGAUUGGCAUCCUCGAGCGGGAGAAUGACUACCUGAAGGUGGAGAAUCAAAAGCUGCACAAGCUGCGUGCAGAGGUGGUGAGCGCCGCCAUGUCCGAGUCAGAGGACAAUGUCGACUCGCUGUCGGUGUCGAUGAAUCCGAACAUCAACAGCAACCUCUACCUGAACGGUCUCGACAAGAUUCCCAACAGUAUUAGUUCGAACAAUUUGCUGAUGCUCAAGGUGCGCCGAUUACUUAGUCAAAAGGGCGCGCUCAUUUACCAGAAAAACUACCUAAUUCACCUGCUGAAUGGCUUCCAAAUUACGGAGAAUGCUACGCUGGCGCUGCUCUCCAAUCUCAACCACUCUAAAGACGUUGAGGAGAUAGACAGUAAGAUGCGGGGCAAGCAGCGGUUCCGCUCGGCAGUGUACGCCCUCAUUGCCCUCAGCCGAAUGAAGUACAUGGUCAAUGUGUGGCAGUGUCGGAAGCGGCAGCUGAUGGUGAGCAAGACUGCCCACGCCAUGUCCAACAACCUGCAGAACUUGCCCGUUCCGCCGAAGAAGCUGCUGAACUCAUCGAGUGGCAGCAACUCGGUUCGUUCCACCUCCUCCAGCUCUGCCUCCAGCUCUCCGGUGCACUUUAGCAAGCGCACCAGCAUGCCCUCGCAGAUCAGCUCCACAAUGAAGGACUACGUCGACCGACUGCACGUCGUCCACGAGACACUCGGUCUGCACACCAAUAAGCUCUAG